UGGGUAGAUAUGUUGAAUGUACUUUUUGAAAAAGUAGAAGUUUAUGAUAGUUAUGAUAGGUUCUAUAGUAGAUAUUAUUAGUUUUCAAUUAAUUUGUCGUGUGGCCAAGUAUACAUUUUAUCUCGUUGCAAAACAGUAUAACAACCAUGUUGUCUUGUUAAAAUGGUACGUCCCAAACUCAAACUAUUUUGCGGGAAACAGACAGUGACAAAUGUCAACAAUACGUCCGGUGAACUCGUCCAAAAUAGUUUCCAAUGAGUGCCAAAAAAGGGAGAAGACGAACAAAGGCUCUCCCAGAGCCGCAAAAACAGAGACAAAUGAAGACUUCAUCCUUGGAUCAGGUGGAUUCCUCCACCCUUUCAAGCGUAGAUAAAGCCAGCUUUAUGGAAGGUCUACAGCGGAAUGUCGGUAUGCCUCUUCACAGUACCGCCAUGGAGGAGGAUUUACAUGAUCCAGAAGAUAGGCAGAUUGGUGAAAGAACAAAGAAUAGUGACUCAGAGCAAAAUGCAGACAAGAAUAAAAGAAAAAGGACUAUAAAAGAUGGCCCUCAGGGGGUAACAACUGAACACACAGAUGGAAAAGAAAAGGAGGACAGUUCACCCAUCCUGCCGUCAACCUCUCAUUCAGUCAGAAAAAAGCCUGUCAGGAGGAGAACUGCAGGGCAGACGGCUGCAGGAAGACCCUUAAAAAGUCAGAAGGUGAGAAAAACUAAGAACAAAGAAAGGAAACUGAGCAGUGGAGAAAACAGUGAUGUCCAUUCACAGGAGGAAUCAGAUUCAGCCAGACGCAGAAGCACCCUGUCAUCUGAGGAUGAGGAAGAAAGCAACUGGAAACCAAGUCCAAAGAAGAGGAAAGCUCUUACUUUGGGCAGUCUAAACAGGAAGUCUAAACUUGAUCAGCCAAAGCGUAGGAAGUCGUCUUCAGGUGGAACAACUAAGGAAUUAAAAAACGUCUAUAGUAAUGAAAACGGAUGGAGACUUGGGAGUGGAGCAGUCACAGACUUGGAGGUGGUUCUGGACGCCUUUCUCAACAUGUGUGAACAGUACAGGGAGUCUGUGGAGUCUCCAGCAGUCAGGAGGUCCAUCGAUUAUUUCUCCAACAACGUCAAAGAGCAGCUCCUAGAGAAGAUUUCUUCUAAUAAGGAGCUCCGGCUUCUCAAAAGAGAAAACACAAAGAUGGGCUCCCUCAUCCGCACAAAGAGCCAGAGACUGCUGGAUGCCAAGAAUGAACUGAUGAGCGCAAAACGACAAGUAGGUUUGCUGGAGAAGGAGAAAGCUGAACUUCAACAAAGAUUAGAAGAUCUGCGGCGAGGCCAGGCCUUCCUCCAUGACAUCAGAGAGCUUACAGGAAGAUACCUGGAGUAUCGACAGGAGCACCCCUCUGAGAAGGAGACGUACGGAGCAUCCAGUUUACCUGCUCUACUGCUGGAGGCGAAGAUGAUUCAGGCAGCAAAACAUCAGCAGAAAGGAAACGAUGGCCAACAGGACUGAAAAAAUGAAUUCUAUACCACAUUAAUAUGUUUUUGUACUCUAGAUUUGUUUUUUUUUUAAUAAAACUGUAAACCUAAAUAAGUAAAAUUAAAAAUUGUCAAUAACUGCUU